AUGGCCGAGAAGCAGAAGCACGAUGGGCGGGUGAAGAUCGGCCACUACGUGCUGGGGGACACGCUGGGGGUCGGCACCUUCGGCAAAGUCAAGAUUGGUGAGCACCAGCUGACAGGGCACAAAGUGGCAGUGAAAAUACUGAACAGGCAGAAAAUCCGCAGCCUGGAUGUGGUGGGGAAGAUCAAACGAGAAAUCCAAAACCUGAAACUCUUCCGGCACCCUCACAUUAUCAAGCUGUACCAGGUCAUCAGCACACCAACAGACUUCUUCAUGGUCAUGGAAUACGUGUCCGGGGGGGAAUUGUUUGAUUACAUCUGUAAGCACGGACGUGUCGAGGAGGCAGAAGCUCGACGCCUUUUCCAGCAGAUCCUGUCUGCAGUGGAUUACUGCCACAGGCACAUGGUGGUGCACAGGGACCUGAAGCCAGAGAACGUGCUGCUGGAUGCACACAUGAAUGCAAAGAUAGCUGAUUUUGGACUGUCCAACAUGAUGUCAGAUGGUGAAUUUCUACGUACCAGCUGUGGUUCCCCAAAUUAUGCAGCCCCUGAAGUCAUCUCUGGGAGGCUCUAUGCUGGCCCAGAGGUGGACAUCUGGAGCUGUGGUGUCAUCCUCUAUGCCCUCCUGUGUGGCACUCUGCCUUUUGAUGACGAGCACGUCCCCACCCUGUUCAAGAAGAUCCGUGGGGGAGUGUUUUACAUCCCUGAAUACCUCAACCGCUCCGUGGCCACACUCCUCAUGCACAUGCUGCAGGUGGACCCCCUCAAGAGAGCCACCAUCAAGGACAUCAGGGAACACGAGUGGUUCAAGGAGGAGCUGCCCAGCUACCUGUUCCCAGAGGACCCUUCCUACGACGCCACGGUCAUCGACGACGAGGCGGUGCGCGAGGUGUGCGAGAAGUUCGAGUGCACCGAGUCGGAGGUGAUGAACAGCCUGUACAGCGGCGACCCCCAGGACCAGCUGGCCGUGGCCUACCACCUGGUCAUCGACAACCGCCGCAUCAUGAACCAGGCCAGCGAGUUCUACCUGGCCUCCAGCCCCCCCACGGGCUCCUUCAUGGACGACAGCGCCCUGCACAUCCCGCCGGGCGUGAAGCCGCACCCCGAGCGGAUGCCGCCGCUCAUUGCCGACAGCCCCAAGGCCCGCUGCCCCCUGGACGCCCUCAACACCACCAAGCCAAAGCCCCUGACUGUCAAAAAGGCCAAGUGGCACCUGGGCAUCCGCAGCCAGAGCAAGCCCUACGACAUUAUGGCCGAGGUGUACCGGGCUAUGAAGCAGCUGGACUUCGAGUGGAAGGUGGUGAACGCCUACCACCUGCGGGUGCGCCGCAAGAACCCCGUCACCGGCAACUACGUGAAGAUGAGCCUGCAGCUCUACCAGGUGGACAACCGCAGCUAUCUGCUGGACUUCAAAAGCAUUGAUGACGAGGUGAUGGAGCAGAGGUCUGGCUCCUCCACGCCCCAGCGCUCCUGCUCGGCCGCGGGCUUGCACCGGCCUCGCCUGAGCAUCGACGCGGCCGCGGCCACCGAGUGCCAGUCUCUGAUGGGCUCCCUGAGCGGCUCCUUCGUGGGCAGCAUCCCCUCGGUGCCCCCCCGCCUGGGCAGCCACACCAUGGACUUCUUCGAGAUGUGUGCCAGCCUCAUCAUGGCCCUGGCCCGCUGA